AAACAGUUUGAAUUGGAACUCAAAAUAGGCGUAUGGGGGAUGUUAAAAUACGCAUCACGUAUAUGUUGGGGAAAACAAAAUAGCAACAACAACAAUACAAGUAGUUGUUAAUAAUAAACAACAACGGUAAAACGAUGACAAGUAUGUAACGGUGUUGGCACUCUAACACGGUGGUUUGCUGUUUAAAACUCUUUGCAAAUAAACCCACAAUAGAAGAUACAUUUUCUUCUUCUCUAUUGGAUUGUUGUUAUAUUUGUGCUUUUGGGGGAGGAAGUGGAGAAGUGUUGGGUAUAAAACUUGGUCUGUAUACCAGGGUGAAGACGAAAAGAUAAUUUAACUGUGUUUUAUUUUACGAGUAAAAACAAUAACAACAAAAAAGAAGAGUAGAGCAGAAAAUAAAAAAUCGAAAAUAUGUGCUGCAAGUAACAAUUAUUAUCAACUGAAUGAAGAAAAACGAAUUUUUCCACAUUCAAACAGAAGUAGAGAAAAUACGAAACGCGUUAACGUUACGUGCAGGUAACGGAAGAAAAAUUUCAUUAAAUGAAAAAUAUAAAAUUUUUAUUACUAAAAGGAAGAAAAGAAAAAUUGUUAUGAAAUUUUGUAAAAUUAAAAUAAUAAUAGAAAAUAAAUUAUAAAAUAAAAGAAAAAAGGUGAAAAGUGCAAGAAAAUUUGUCUCAAAAAGUCUGUUAAAAAUUUCCUAAACUAAGUUGUUGGUUUCUUUAACAAAAAAAGGGACACAUUUCUUACUAAUUUUCCUUAAAGGCAGUAAUUAUGUGUAUUGCCAAGUGAUAUUUUUUGUACAGAAAAUUUAAACAAAUGUAAUAAAAAAAAUAAAUCUUAAUAAAAUAUUAAUAUACAUACAAAUUCAUCAAUAUGUCAACUGAAAGCAAUAAUACUCCAGUGGAUCCCAGAGUUCAGGUUGAACUAGAAAAACUCAAUACAGCAACGGACAAUAUCAACAAAUAUGAAGUAGAACUUGAUGAAGCGAAAUGUGAAUUCAAACGUAUUUUAGCUGAAAGCGUCGUAAGGAUAAAACAGUCUGCACACAAAUUAGGAAAUUCAAUUGAGGCAGCAAAACCCUAUUAUGAAUCUCGUAUAUAUGCGGCACAGCUUGCCAAAGAGACCCAACAGGCAGCAUCUAAUUAUGAGAAGGCAAAAUCCAUACACGCAGCUGCCAAAGAAAUGGUUUAUCUGGCCGAACAGGGUUUGGGUGAAAAGUCUACCUUGGAUACAGCCUGUCAGGAGAUGUUAAGUCAUGCAGCCAGCAAAGUAAAUCAAUCACAAUUAGAGGUUACUGAUGCUCGUAAUUCUUUGAAAAUGUGUCAAUUGAAGCUAGAAGUAGCUAAUAAUCGAGUGGGUAAAUUACAGGGACAAUUACGACAAGCUAUUAAAGCAUCAAGUUUUAAUAUUAGACGAAAUUUACUUUUUAUUAAUUUAUUGGCUUAUCAACAUGAUUUAAAUAAUUUACCUUAUUACGAAACCCGAGCCAAUUAUAAUGGUAUAUUAAAAGCACAAAAGGAAAAAAUCAAUAGUCUAGAGAAUAGAGUAGCUGAGGCCAAAAUGACUUAUAAUGAAGCUUUAAAAAAUCUAGAACAAAUUUCCGAAGAAAUACACCGUCAACGACAACAGAAACAAGCAAAUCUACUGAAUUACGAAACAAUGUUGAAACAAGUAGAGGUGGAUAAUGCCUCUUCAAAUUAUUCCUCACCUAUGGGAAGUGGUACUAGUUAUACACAAUUUCCGUGUGAUAUUGAUACAUCUGAUGAAUACCUUGAGAUGCCCGAUAAAUUGUCCACAAACUCUAGUCCGGUACGACAACGACAUCCGGAUGAACAUGAAUGUCCACAUCUGCUGCAUGACUUUGAUGCAGUCUUAACAUUUCCUCAAAAAAUAGCCAGCGGUAUGCAUAAAUCGGCAAGUACUAGCAAUACAAGUGAUAAUCUCUUUGCCCAGGCCCAAAUGCAUGGGCCAUAUGAGAUUAAAUCAACUGCGGGUAGUGGACAAAAUCUAACAAACGAUAAUAGUUCUAGUACGGGUAAAGGUGGUAGUGGAAGUGGUGGUGGCGGUGGUGGUAGAAGUGGUAUAGGAGAAAGUGAUGAUAAUGAUAUAGAACAGUGGACCGAAAUACGUUUGUCACAUUCAGAGAGUACUAGCUCGAGUUACUCAAACCAGAGUUUACUGCACGAUCAUGCAGAUGGUCAAGCCGAAGAUGCUCAAUCCCACCACUCAUCAUCGUCUUCGUCGGACGAGCCCAAACGUAAAGUUACCUGUACUACUAUAUUCCAAGAAGAACAACUGGGUAAAAAGCAAUCUUUGGCUCAAUGGCUUUCACGCUCCAAUAGCUUAAAAGUCGGUGGUCGACGCCAGUCUCUAGAUCUCCUAAUCGAUGCCAGUGAUAAAGUUAAAGACGUAUUUUCGUUUGGCUUUCAAAAAGUCGGACGCAGCUUAGAACGUCGCAAUAGUGAGUCGGAAAUGAAUAGUGAAUGUAGUAAUGGCUCCACAAAUGUAGCCAUUGGUGGUAGUGUAAUGGGUAGUAGUAGUGGUGGUGGCGUUGGUGGUGCCAAUACGUCCACAUCUUCAACAUCAUCGGCUAGUGAUUUCCUAUUUUUCUCAAGAUCUGAACCAAAAGAACUAUUAUCGGAUGAACAGGUGGAAAAUCUCUUACUUAAUCAUACAGUAGAUGAAAACGGCACAAUUAUUGUGGAAGAGCUUAAAUCACCUCUACAACAGCCAAUUAGUAAUAAAUUUGGUUUGCCAACGCUUUUAGUUUAAAUACAUCUUACAACAACAACAAAAACCCCUAGUAAAUUAUGUUUAAAUUGAAUAUUUAUUCUUAAAUUUAAUUUUUUGGUUUAUUUUUUAAAAUUAAAUUAUAAGAACACAUAUCAGAAUAUUGAUAAAUUACUUUAUUAAAUAAUAUAGUAAUCUAACAUAUUGACAAAUAUAAAUUCUGAACUCUAUUCAAUUUUAACAUUUUCUUAAAAGAAACUUUUUUCUCUAAAAGUUCUAUUCUUUUGUAAUUAACUGGAAAAAAACUAUAAAAAACAAAAAUUUUGUGAUAAUAAUAAGGUAUUUUUAAAUGAUUUUAAUUAACUUAACCAUUUGAAUUAUAAUUUAGAUAUUUUUUAUUGACUUUCCUAUUUGUUUCUGUAGAUUUGUUUUGUAGUAAUUAUAAAGAUAUUAAAAAAAUUCUUAAGCGAAAUGAUUAAAGGCU